AUGGCCAAAAAGAAAGUUACCCAUGCCCAAUCUCAAUCUCUCGACCACAAGACAUUAACCCCACCACCAACCACCAUUGAUGGCUCUUCUGUUCAGAUUCAGAAUCUCAAGAACCUUAACACCGUUCUUCUCAAAGAAACCACCGACCACAGAAACCGCAUUCAGUCGCUUCUCCAUUCAAACCAGGCCGCCAUGGAAGCCGAAGCUCAAAUCUCCGAGGAAAGUUUUGCAUUGGAGAUUGAAAACUCUGUCUUUUUCGUUUUUGCUAGGGCGCACAUUGCUGAAUUAGGGUUUCGUUUUGAUAAGGUUGUUGAGGAGAGGGAUGAGACCAAGUAUGAGGUGGAUCUUCAGAAGGAGAAGGUGAAUGACCUUGUGUUGAGUCUCAAGAACGAGAAGCGGAAUGUGGAGAAGAUUAGGUUGGAAGCCGGGCAUCUGUUGGAGGAAAAACUCGAGAGAGAAAGUAGGGUUGAAGAGCUUGAAAAAGAUAAAGAUUUGGCUGUGAAGAAGUCGGUUGAAUCGGAGAAGGUAAUUGAUGAGUUGAAGGAGAAGAUUGAUUUGUUGGUAAAGGAGAAGAAUGAGAUUGAGAAUGUGAAUAGUACUAAGGGGACAAAGAUCUUUGACCUUGAACGUGAGCUGCAGCAGCACAGUGACCUUUUGAAAAACUCGCGGAAAGAAUUGGAGCUGAUGUGUGGUACGGUUCGUGAAAUGGAGGAAACUAUUGGGCUUGCUGUGGAGAAGGAGAGGGAAAUGAGGGUGGAAAAUAGCAAUCUGGUUGGAGAGAGGAAGGAGAUAGAGAAGAGUAUUGAGAUUUUAACUGAGGCAAGAGAUGGUGCUUUUAGGAAACUUGACGUGGUUCAGAGAGAGUUGGAGAAUAGGCAGCGUGAGGUUGAUGAAGCGAAUAGAGCGAGAGAUGAGAUUGAGAAGGUUAAAGUUAGUGGUGAGAAUGAAAUUAUUGAGUUGCAAAGUGAAGUGAAACGACUGAGGGGUGUUGCUGAUGAGUUGAAAAUGUCUUCUAAAGAGUUUGAAGAGAAAAACAGUGGAUUACUGUCUCAAGUUCAUCAUUAUAGGAAUGUUAUCAAAGAGAUGGAGUCUUUGAAUGAACUCAAUUUGAAGAAGCUUGAAGAAGAGAAAAACAAAGUUGAGAGUUUUGAGUCACAAGUUGUGGUAAUGCAGGAAAAAAUUGAGCAAUUACUUUCUCAAGUUCAAGCCUAUAAGAAAGCUGUUGAUGAAGUGGUGCUUGAGAGGGAUAACAUCAAAAAGGGAUAUGAUGAGGAGCUAAAUAAAGUAAAGAAUUUGGAGUCACAAGUUGUGGCAACGGAGAAAAAGAUUGAGCUAUUACUCGCUCAAGUACAAUAUUCUAAGAAUGCCGUUGAUGAAGUGGUGCUUGAGAGGGAUAACAUCAUAAAGGGAUAUGAUGAGGAGAAAACCAAAGUGGGGAAUUUGGAGUUGCAAGUUGCUGAGUUGAAACUUGAGAAAGAUACCAUCAAGAAGGGUUAUGAAAAGGAAAAGAAGAACCUGGAGAUUUUGGAGUUGCAAGUUGUAGGACUGAAGGAAAAAAUGGGAAAUGCUGAAGCUGAUUUGGCCAAGUUAAGAAGUGAGAAACAGAAGAUGAAUGAGAGGAACAAGGUGCUGGGAGGCCAAGUAGAUGUUUUGAUUAAGGAAAAGGAUGCUACACAUAGUAGCCUUGUCGCAGCUCAACGAGAACGCGAUGAAUUGAGAGCUAAAUUUGACUCGUCCUGCAUCAACUCGAAGCAGGCCUUGGAAUUGUUGAAGAAUACUGCUGCUGCAGUUGUGGUUAAGGAAAGCGUGGAAGUGAUUCCUCGCGGAGGGAAGAAGAAACACGAGAAAGAAGAAAUUCAGUCUUUUGCUGAAGAACUGGAGGCGAUAAAGAAAGCAUUUGAAGUUAAGAAUGAAUAUGUGGAUCAGAUGAAGCAACAAGUUGUAUCACUGCAGAAGUCUGUGUCUGAUGCACAUAAAGGUAAGCAUUUAUGGACAGGGAUAUCCUCUGCUGCUGCAAUUUUUGCCGCCGGAUUGACCGCCUAUUUGGCUAAAGGUCGCUGA